AUGGAGUUUCGUCCCCCGGUUGGACUACUCAUCCCUAGACGCGGGUUAGUGUUCGAAAAUCCUGCGUACCAGCCAACAAUCCCCUGGUUGGAUUGUUUUCCCCGGGGAGACUCGGCCAAAAUUUUGGUAGGAUGUCUUGGGUUUUUUAGUAAGUGGGCCCGGCAUCGGUGUGAUGUCGGCACCAAGACGAGGUCCGCCCCGGUUUCAGGGGAAAUUCUGGGGCGGGUCCUGUCAAGUGCUUUAAAUUUUGUUGAGAACACAAAAAUGCAACUUGAAGAUAUGAGGGAAAAUGGUUGGGAUGAUUUUUUCAUGAGUGUGGUAUCAUUUUGUGAACUACAUUGUGUUGAUGUUCUUGAUAUGGGUGGUCGUUAUAUAAUGGAUUGUAUGAUGAGAGAGUUAAAUGUUAGAUUUCCUGAGCAAACAGUUGAACUUCUUACUCUUAACUCAGCAUUGGAUCUGCGUAAUUCUUUCAUGUCAUUCAAUAUUGAGCAUAUAUGUAAACUUGCUCAGAAAUUCUAUCCUGCUGAUUUCCUUCCUCAUGAGUUGAAAGCUUUAGAAGUUGGUUCGGUUGGUGUUGACUCUUCCUGUUUCUACAGCAACAACGGAACGAGCUUUCUCCUAGAGUUUGCCAAUGCUAUUGACAAUGCAUCUAUAAUUGACGAAUUUAAGAGUUCUAAGCCUCAUCUAGAUGCAUUUGAGGGUAAGGCUCAUUACGUCCCCCCUGACUAG